CAGCGAAACAAACCGGUCGCAAAAAAAACGGGACAUCCUGUCCAGCGUGCGUGAAUCACGGAACGAAACACGGGUUUGAGACACAGACUGGCAAAACGGAACACGGUGCGUGUGUGUGUGUGGAUGCGGAAACUAUGUCCCAAACAGCUGAUCCGGGUCCCGGUGGUGGUCAGUUCCCAAAUAGUUCCGACGUGUGACUAUCGUUCGAAUCGUUAGCUCGGUUAAGUUAGAAGAAAAUCAACAAAAAAAGGCAAAGAGGGAACGAAACCCGGUUGGAGCACUGUGUCAAGAAUAACUCGAAAAAACUUAACUGUUACAUCGAAAUUUUCUGUGGUGUCUAUAUUUAGCAUUUCCGCUCUUCAGUAGGCUAAAACUAAAACUAUAACCUUGAACAAACUCGUCCUCGCAUUUAAUUUGGCCAUGCACAGGAAUCACACCCUAAAGUCCAACUUAAAACGGUUUCCAACAGCUUAAAAAACACAUCGAGAAUCACCUGCCAAGCCAACGAAUAAGAAUCUCGGUUUUAACAGAAAAUUAAAUUAAGUGUGCCCUCGCGAGGGAGUGAUUUAGCCUAAUAAAAAAAAAAAGAAAAAGCGAGAACAAACCACAGCAAACAGAUGUGAGGCGAGGCAACUUACCACCCACGUCCGUACUUCGUAGGAAAUGUGAAAAGCACAUGCAUACAAUGCUUUCGGGGAAAUAACCAAAAGUGAACACGUGCAAAGUGCACUCGGCACCGCGCCACAACUUCAAAUGAGUUCGAAUUGCGACUUUUAAACGCGAUUGCCAGGCGGGGGAAAAAAAUGAAACUUUCAGAACGUGGUACGAGAAGAUUAUAAGGAAGCAAAAAAUUAAAAAAAAAAAAGAUGUGCGAAGGUUAGUGUUUUUUGUGUGUUAUUUUUCAACCCCCCACCCCAAGUGAAGUUGAGCUGGUGCCAGCUUGGUGUGACAGCUUAAGACGCGAGAAAAGUCACGUUGAAAGCUGGAAUGGAACCGGUCUCUAUUUCGUAAGGCGAAUACGAAAAAAAAGUGCACAUAAAAAUUAGUUUUGAUCUGCGGGCUAAUUAAAAAAUAAUUGCUCGCCGCGCGUAGUGACAACGGUCUAAUAAUUAGAGCCUAUGUGGUGAGAGUGAAUCGGCACUGCUGCAACCAUGUUAGCCAAAUUAGGUGUAAAUGUAGUUAUUCUUCUAGUGCUAGGAAAGGAAAUCAAAGCCAGUUGGGAGGAAUGGUGGACAUACGAUGGCAUCUCAGGGCCCGCCUUCUGGGGACUGAUCAACCCUCAAUGGAAUAUGUGCAACAAGGGUCGCCGACAGUCUCCGAUCAAUGUUGAACCGGAGAAGCUGUUAUUCGAUCCUUAUCUGAGAUCGCUGCACAUAGACAAGCACAAGAUCUCCGGCACUCUGCACAACACCGGCCAAUCGUUGGUUUUCCGGGUGGACAAAGACACCAAGCAGCACGUGAAUAUAUCCUACGGGCCGCUCGCCUAUCGGUACCAGUUCGAGGAGAUUUACUUCCACUACGGAACGGAUAACAACCAGGGCUCGGAGCAUCACAUCCACGGGUACAGCUUCCCGGGAGAGAUUCAAUUAUACGGCUUCAACAAGGAGCUGUACCACAAUAUGUCGGAGGCGCAACACAAGGCCCAGGGCAUCGUUGGGAUCUCGCUGAUGGUGCAGAUUGGCGAUACGCCCAACCCCGAGCUUAGGGUAAUCACAAGCACCUUCAACAAGGUGCUCUACAAAGGUUCGGCCACUCCCAUUCGGCACAUCUCGCUGCGAUCGUUACUGCCGAACACCGAGCAGUACAUGACGUACGAGGGCUCCACAACCCAUCCCGGGUGCUGGGAGAGCACGGUAUGGAUCAUCCUGAACAAGCCGAUCUACAUCACGAAGCAGGAGCUUUACGCGCUCCGGAAGCUGAUGCAGGGCUCGGAGCAGACACCCAAAGCUCCGCUGGGGAACAACGCGAGACCCCUUCAGGGGCUGCACCACCGGACGGUUCGGACAAACAUCGAUUUUGCUAACACCGGGGUGAAUAAGAACCAAAACUGUCCCUCGAUGUACAAAGACAUGUACUACAAGGCAAACCGCUGGACGUCGGAGAUCUCGGCCCGGGGUCGCGAGCGAGGUCUCCCAGACAUCGACACCGUGUUUCAUUCGCUCCCAUAGUGGAGCUGGCGCGGGGGUGGCAACAGUGGCAGCAGCGGUGGUGUGACAAAGUCACCCUACUGAAACCAGCAUUCGAUCCCCCGCCGACAGCGCUUGUAAGGAUCCGAUUGGUAUCUGAUGAUCUGAUGGGAGCGUGAUGGACGUGUGCAUCUGAGCGUGUGAAAAAGGCAAAAGCCGAAACUGAAAUUCUCCCGUUUUUCGGUUUGGAAAAAUGUACGCGCACUGUAAAAACUAUACUGUUAUCAAAACCUAUACAUACAUAUAAUCUCAAGUAGAGUAUAUGAAGGAGCUUCCUCGAAUAAAUGAUUGCCAAACUUUAGAAUGUGUUUAGAAGAUUCGAUUUGUGUUUUCGCUGGCUGAGUGCGCUGGGCAAAAAUCAAACGGGGGUUAUUUAUUCACGGAACCCCCUUUGUGGUGGACAAUAAUUCAGUCAAUGAGAUACCAUUUGAUGAUACCAAAAACAUAGGAAACAAAAUACAUUAGAGAAAUGCCAUAUACUAGCCACCAAUCGGGCAAGCUUUCGUUCUGAUUCCGCGUUAGUAACCGAGAGUAAUACAAAAAAAACAACUAUCUUUGCAGGGGACGACGCUUUGAACUAUUUGACUAUUUUUAUAAAACAAAAAAAAAUGUAACAUAAACUAGUGACUAGUAAACACUAAGGUCUAUCCUCACUGUUGCUUUGUGCUGUCGGGAAAAUCAAAAUUUGUAAGUAAACGGCAGCAGCGUGACAUUAAGCGGUUCAAUCUAGCCCUACGCAAUAAAAACAGAAACAAAAUUAGACAAACAAAAAAGUGCUUCUAACCGUAGAACGUAACCUUGUAACCUUAGAAUCGAAUAUGAAUCACAAAACCUAACCUUAGCAGUAUUACGUAAUUGUAUGGAAUUGUGUUCGGAUUUAAACAACAAAAAAAGCCUCUCAGAACGAGUGUAGCAGUUUUUCUAUAACGUGAUGCCUGAAUACAGAAUAGCUGUGUAAAUUACAAUGUUGUUACGCGCAAUAAGUUAGUUCGAGCAGUUGCUUUCUUUUUCUCGUUUUCGGUUCCAGGACCAAAACACCGAUGUAAAAAAAGACAAAGUUAUCCUUAAAACUAUCAAGCUGCAAGUGGCGUCUGCGACAAUUAUUGUACUUACCCUAGCGAGCGGAGGGAUCGCUGCAGAAGAACCCCUCGUUGUGUCAAGCAUGGUAGUAGGCUUUGAGUUGUUCAGUUUAUUGACUGUGAAGAUAUUUUGUGUGUAUGUGUGAGUGAGUGGAUGAGGAACAUCUGUCAAUCAGAUUAACAAGAAUCAAUUAGAAUCUCUUGAAGGUAAAAGCCUAAUCAACAAAGCAGCAAAACACACGAAAAGUAUUGAUUAAUUGUUACAAAAGUGCUUACUCUAAAAAAAAUGAAAACGAUUACAGAGAUACAUUUGUUCGAGGGGUAAUCAAAUUGUUUCCAUUAUUCAUCGCACCCAGGGGGUGAUGGAAGGGCUGUAAAGAAUGGAAGGAAUAGUAUCGAAGAUGAAGAUAGUGUUGCGCAAUAAAAUGCGAAAGCAAGAGCAUUGAAUUCAUUCAAUCGAAACAAAUUAUAAGAAAAUCAAUAAAAGUGGUUAACCUA